GAAUUUGAUGGAAAACUAUAGCUUGGAGGAUAUCAAGGAGCUCUGGAAUGAUUGGGAGAUCCAAUCCCUGAUACUCGUAAGCUUCGGCCUUCAAGUCUUCCUCUUCUUGGCAGCCGACGUGCGGCGGCACUGCGUAUCGCUCAUCCCUAGCCGGCUCCUAUGGCUGGCCUACAUGACGGCCGACUCGGUCGCCGUCUUCGCCCUCGGCCACCUCGCCGUCGGCGCGAGCGCGCCGCGCCACCAGCUCCUCCUCUUCUGGGCGCCCUUCGUGCUCCUCCACCUGGGUGGCCAGGACACCAUCACAGCCUUCGCCAUACAGGACAACGAGCUGUGGCGGCGCCACCUGCUGGUGCUGGUCAACCAGGCGGCGGUCGCCAGCUACGUCGUCUCCAGGUCGUCCUGGCCGGACCGGCGGCUCCUGGCCGCCACGGUGCUCAUGUUCCUCUGUGGCCUCUUCAAGUACGGCGAGCGCACCUGGUGCCUCUUCUCGGCGAGGCCGGAGGGCAUUCGAAAGCACUCCUUGGAUUCACUGGAAACCUACGCCGCCAUGGCAGGCGAAGAUCGAACUAUAGUGAGUCGUGAGGCCAAGACCCCCGAGGAAGAACUGGAAAAAAGAAUCAAGAAGAUGCUUGACGCCCAUGGGAGGCGACCUCCGGCUCUAGAGGCAGAGACGACAUUGGUAUCGGAUGCUCUGGCCAAUGAUCUGAACACCAUUGCAGGUGCUGAUGCUCUACCAGACCUGCUCCAAGGUCUCAGGUCCAACCCACACCGCAUCGGGGCCUACCACUACGUCGCAGCACUUCUUUCCAAUUGCUACGACAGCCUCUACACUAAGGGUGGGCUUCGAGGCUUCUGGAUCGAGGGCCUCAGAGAAUGCCUGGCGUACAACGGCACCCAAGACAAAAUCUUUUUUCUUCUUUUCCUGUCGGCCUUGCUCUUCCCGUCUCUUUCGAUGUCGGCGACGCUGGUGCUCUUCGUGCACACCGACAAGCACCAACUCUACAGCAGGGUUGAUGUCGUCGUCUCCUACGUUUUGCUCGUAGGGGCAAUCGUCCUGGAGGUCGCGUCUCUAGCCGUGUCCAUUCUUUCACACUCUGAAUCUGGUGCAGACAAGUGCAUCCAUCACCUUCCAGGGCGUAGGAAGCAGUGGUCUAAGGCUCUGGCCCAGUACAACCUGAUGGAAGUAUGCAAUAUAGAAGCUCAUGCAAGAACGUCGUCUGUGCCAAUGUGGAUCCGCAAGCUCUGGGUCAAGCUCCUCGGCGACAAGACAGUGACACACAUCAAAAUCACUGAAGAUCUCAUGAUGCUUGUCCUCGACAAGCUGCUGGAAUUCGGAAGCCACAAAAAAGAUUGGUCCUUUGCCAGCUCCCGUGGCCAGUCAGCUCUGGCAGAAAUCUUUUCAACUGCAACUGCAACUGCGAUGCAUGAGAGCAUCCACGACGUGGAUUUCCCAACAAGCGUCCUGACCUGGCACAUUGCAACAGACAUCUGCUACCUACUCGACGACCAAGCUGAAGAUGAUGAUGAUUCUGAUCCAGUGAACAAGGGGAAGGCCAGGAAGCUCUCAAACUACAUCAUGUACCUCAUCUUUGAGUGCAGGGUGAUGCUCACAACCAACUCCAAGCUCGUACACAAGGCGACCAUGGAGGACAUGGAGAAAGCUCUUGGGGAUAAGGUCCUUCCAAGCAACGAGGCAAUCAAGAUGGUGCAUGAUGAGGCAAACAAAGGACAGCAUCACCCAGCCAACAAUUCUGCCUCCAGCGGUGGCCACCAACCGGUAACUCAGCUGCAACUUCUGAAGAACAAUAUAGAAGCUCUCCGUUCACGGGUGCCUUGUGCCUGUGCGGUGGCCGACGAGCUGGCUGCCAUCCCCGGUGGCCGCCGCGCGCGCUGGGGUCUCAUCUCCGCCGUGUGGCUGGAGAUGCUCUACUACAUCGCGCCUCGUUGCGGAGGCGACUUCCAUGCCGACCAUCUCCGCACCGGAGGGGAGUUCGUCACGCAUGUCCUGGUCCUCAUGCAUCAACUUGGGCCUUUCCUACCACCCCCAGGUGCUUAA